GUGACUAUUUCGAAGAAUUCAUUCAAAUUUAAUAUCGGCCAAAGUAUUGUUUCUAUUGGUAUGAUAGAAGGUUCACAAAUUCAAAACCUAACAUUUAAUCAACAAAAUGAAAUUCGUGAAAAUCAUGUUAUUAAUCCAUUCCCAUAUCUUAAUCCACGAUCUACUCCAUAUGCUGCUUUAGUAGUUUCCAGCAG